AUAGCAAUGAGAACCUCCUCAUGUAGUCUCCUUCCUUAUUCUCCGCUUGAAAACUGUGCGUGAUUUCAAGCCCUGAAACCGUUUCCGCUGAUGCAGGCUCCUAAAAGGCAGUCCCGUGGCAUGACGUCUAUUUAAGCGCCAGUGGAGGAAGGACCCUCUCCUGCUUGCAUCCGUUUUAGUCUCCGCCUCUCACGCUGAGCGCGGCUUGCUAAAAGAGGCACGUGUACUACUGAAUGGAGCUGGUCGCUGGUUGCUACGAACAGGUCCUUUUUGGGUUCGCUGUGCACCGGGAGCGCAAGGCAAGCGGUGGCCACGAGCAGAAAUGGACUCCUGUGGCUGACUUCACUCACCAUGCCCACACAGCCUGCUUGUCAGCGGUGGCUAUAAAUAGUCGUUUUGUAGUCACUGGGAGCAAAGAUGAAACAAUUCAUAUUUAUGAUAUGAAAAAGAAGGUAGACCAUGGAGCCCUGGUGCAUCACAAUGGCACAAUAACUUGCCUGAAAUUCCAUGGCAACAGGCACUUAAUUAGUGGGGCGGAAGAUGGGCUCAUUUGUGUCUGGGAUGCAAAGAAAUGGGAGUGCCUGAAGUCGAUUAAGGCGCACAAGGGACAUGUGACCUUUCUUUCUAUUCACCCAUCUGGCAAGUUGGCUCUGUCUGUGGGUACAGAUAAGACAUUAAGAACAUGGAAUCUUGUGGAAGGAAGAUCAGCAUUCAUAAAAAAUAUAAAACAAAAUGCUCACAUAGUGGAAUGGUCCCCAAAAGGAGAGAAAUACAUAGUUGUCAUACUAAAUAAAAUAGAUGUCUAUCGUCUUGACACAGCAUCUGUUACUGGCACUAUCACAAAUGAAAAGAGAGUGUCUUCUGUUACAUUUCUUUCUGAGUCUGUCCUUGCAGUGGGUGGAGAUGAAGAAGUUGUAAGGUUUUUUGAUACUGAUUCAUUAAUGUGUCUCUGUGAAUUUAAAGCUCAUGAAAACAGGGUAAAAGACAUGUUCAGUUUUGAAAUUCCAGAGCAUCAUGUUAUUGUUACAGCAUCAAGUGAUGGUUUCAUCAAAAUGUGGAAGCUUAAACAGGACAAGGAAGUUCCCCCAUUUUUACUUUGUGAAGUGAACACUAACGCCAGGCUGACAUGUCUUGGAGUGUGGCUAGAUAGUGCGACAGACCCGAAAGAAAGCCUUCCUCCAGCUGCAGAGCCUUCUCUAGUAAGUAAAGAAGAACAGUCCAAAAGCAGCACAGAGGAAUCUGGCGAUGUUGUGCUGGAAGAAGAAAGGCAGUCGAAACCUAGCAUGAAGAAACGGGGUUUAACUGGUGUCAGUAAGAAGCCAACAAAAGGAAGUGGCCUGGUGUCAACCAAGAAGAAGAAAAUGGUAGACACAUUGGAAAAGAAGAGAAAAAGGAAGAAAAUAUGAAUAACUCAGUGAAUUCAAAUUUCUCUUAAGAAAAAAAACCUUUUAAAUGGAAUCAUUCUUUUUAAAUGUACCUAUUUUUUUCUGCCAAGUAAAAGCUAGGAAUUUCCUCUUUUGGAAAAAAAUGUAUAGUUAAAAAAAAUCACUAAGUCACUUUUGGUUUUUGUUUUUUUGUUUUUAAACAGUAGCAAAACUUUUUAGUAGGCAGUAUAUAUCAUGAUAUAUAUUAUGUUAGUGUGUAAUAGAAUUUUUACUGUUGUGUAAAGCAAAUAAAGGUCUUUCUCAAAAUAAUGUAAUACAAAGUAAUACAAAAAUCAAAAAAAUCUUGAACACAGUCUUUACCAGAGGUAAGUAAGAGAGUUUAAGGUCAUGGAAAAUGGCAUUUCUUUUUUUGUCCAUUUCAAGCCAUUAAAAAAUUCAUGUAGCUAAUCUAACAGGUAGUUUUCAAAUCAGCCUGUUGCUUAUACUGUCAUCAUUUCUUACCUUCUUUCCUCAUAGAUUACUGGAUGUUUUGAAAAGAUGAUUUGAUCUAGAGGAUUUAUAGGUUUUACUUAGGUGGGCCCAUGUUUCAUCCCUCCUGAUUGGGCAAAAUCAGAUACCUGAGCAGUUGGACACUGGAAAUGCCACUCUCUUCAGAGGAGGGACUCGUUUAGGAAAUGAACCAAAUCGUGUGCUGAUGUUCCAUUGCACCUCUUUGUUAACUUAUUUCAGACCUGUAGACAAGGAUGAAGGUAGGUUUGUGUUUUGUUUUGUUUUGUUUUGUUUUUGAGACUAUUUUCUUAAGAGUAGUUCUGGGGUUAUAAAAUUGAGAGGAAGUUGCAGAGACUUUCCAGUGCCCCUGUAGCCCCUGCCAUUGUCAGCAUCACUCACAAGAAUAGCAAGUUUUUUACUGAGGAUGAACCUACAUGGACACAUCAUCAAGUUUAACUUUGGGAAUCACUUUUUUUAAAAAAUCCUCACCGGAGGACACCCUCUUAAUUGCUUUUAGAAAGAGGAAGGGCGAGAGGGAAAUACUGAUGCAAGAGAGAAGCAUCGAUUGGUUGCCUCCUGUCUGAUCUGACCAGAGGUCAUCCAGACCCAGGCUGAGGAUCAAACCUGCAACUUAGGCAUGUGCCCCAACUGGGAAUUGACCUGCAACCUUUUGGUUACGGUACCACGCUCCAGCCAACUGAGCUGCACCAACCAGGGCAGGGGAUCACUUUUGGUGUAUAUUCUAUAGAUUUGGACUAGUAUUUAAUGACAUAUUUGCUGAGUGUUUUCACUGCCCUAAAAUAGCUGUUUAGCUCAUUCAUUUCUUUUCCACAUCUGACAAUCAUUGAUCUUUUUCUGUCUCCAUAGUUUUGUCUUUUCAUAAUGUGAUAUAGUUAGAAUCAUGCAGUAUUGUAGCCUUUUUUGAUUGGUCUCUUCCAUUUAGUGAUACGCAUUUAAGUUUCCUUCAUAUCUUUUUUUAUUGCUUGAUAGCUCAUUUCUUUUUUAUUAAAAAAAAUCUUUUUGAAGAUUGUAUUUCUUUUUAGAGAGAGGGGAGGGUGGGAAAAAAAGAGGGAAAGAAACAUUGAUCUGUUGCCUCUAAUAUGCCCCCAACCAGGGACCUAGCCUGCAACCCAGGCAUGUGCCCUGAUUGGGAAUCGAACCAGCAGCCUUUUGUUUUGCAAGAUGAUGCUCAGUUCACAGAGCCACACCAGCCAUGGCAGCUCAUUUCUUUUUGGUGUCUUAUAUAUUGUCUACUGUCUUAAAUAAGCACCACAGUUGACUAUUCACCUGCUGGAGAACAUCUUGCUUCCAAGAUUUGGCAGUUACGAAUAAAGUUGCUAUAUUCACAUACUGGUUUUUAGGUGGACAUGUUUUCAACUUACUUGGAUAAAUAGGAACAUAACACGAUCACUGGACUGUAUGGUAAGAGUAUGUUUAGUUUUUGUAACAAACUACCAAACUGUCUUACAAAGUGGCUAUAUCAUUUUCCCACCAGCAAAGCAAAAGUGGCUGCUGCUCCACAUCCUCACUGGUGUUAGGUGUUGACAGUGUUCAGGAUUUUGGCCAAUCUAGUAGGUGUAUGGCAGUGGUGUCUCCUUGUUUUAAUUUGCAUUUCCCCAAUAACAUGAUUUGGCACAUCUUUUCAUAUGCUUACUUGCCAUCUGUGUAUCUUUGGUGAGGUGUGUAGAGGUCUUUGGCCCAUUUUUCAAUCUGAUUGUUUUCCCACUGAGUUUUAAAAGUUAAUUGUAUAUUUAGGGUAAUGAUCCUUUAUCAGAUGUGUCUUGCAAACAUCUUCUCCCCAUCUGUGGUUUGUCUUCUCAUAGUACUAUCUUGUAGAGCAGAAGUUUUUAAGGAACUCUAGCUUAUCAGUUAUUUUUAUCAUGGAUCAUAUCAAAAAACCCUACACCCAAGGUCAUCUAGGUUUUUUCCUGUGUUACCCUUAGAGGAGUUCCAUAGUUUUGCAUUUUACAUUGAGAUCUACAAUUCAUUCUGAGUUAAUUUUUGUGAAAGGCUUUUGUGUAUAGAUUUCCUUCGCGUGUUUUUGGCAUCAUUUGUCAGAUUCUUUGCUUCAUUGUGUUGCUUUUGUCAAAGGUCAGUGAGCUCUGUUUGUGGUGAUCUUUUUAUGGACUCUGUUCAGCUCCAUUGAUCUAUUUGUCUAUUCUUCUGCCAGUGCUACACUAUCGUGAUUAUUACAGCUUUAUUAUAAGUUUUAAUGUCAGGUAGCAUCAGUUCUCCAACUUUGUUCUUCAAUAUUGUUUGCUAUUUGGGGUCUUUUGCCCCUCCCUGUAAACUUUACAAUCAGAUUGUCGAUAUUACAUAAAAUAACUUGGGAUUGCAUUGAAUCUGUAGAUCAAUUUGUUAAGAACUGACAUCUUCUUAAAAAUUUUUAAAGUAUUUUAAUAAGAACUAACAUCCUGACAACAUUGAGUUCUCCUAUUCAGGAAUGUGGAAUGUGAGUAUCUCCAUUUAUUUAGUUCUUUGAUUUCAUUCAUCAGAGUUUUGUAGAUUUCCUCAUAUAGAUCUUAACAAAUUUUGUUAGAUACCUAUUUUAUUUUGGGGUUUGCUCAUAUAAAUGGUAUUGUGUUUAUAAUUUCAAAUUCCACUUGUCAAUUAUUGGUAUAUAGGAAAGCAAUUGCUUUUGUGUUUUAACCUUGUAUCCUGCAACCUUGCUGUAAUUACUUAAUGGUAGGGCACAGGUGGAAAAUACAAGGCCUGCAGGCCCAAUCUGGCCCUGGACUUUGUUUUAUCCAGCCCGGCAACAGUUAAAAGCUCACUUAACUGUUAGGGAGUAGUUACAUUUAUACAGUCCUAAAAUUACAUUCAGCCCUUUGAAGGCAACCAGGAGACUGAUGUGGCCCCCGGUGAAGAUGAGUUUUGACACCCCUGUAAGCUAGGGUUUUUGUUUUGUUUUUUCCGAAUUCUUUCAGUCAUGUCAUCUGUGAACAAAGACAAUGUUGUCUUUCCCAAUCUGUAUGUAUACCUUUUAUUUCCUAUUAGCAAGGACUCUAAAAGGAAUAGUGGGUUCGGUUCUUCUUAAAAUUCAACUUUUUAUUUUGAGAUAAUUGUAAAUUCAUAUGCAGUUAUAAGAAGUCAUAUAUAGAAAUAUGUACCCUUUACGCAGUUCCCUGCAAUGGUAACAUCUUGGAAAUUAAAGUAAAACAUAUCUGGUAUAUAGGAGUGACAUAAGCAAGAUGUAGAACAUUCCUUUCACCACAGGGAUGCCUCAUGUUGCCUUUCAUAGCUGCUUCCCUCCUGUAGCUUUAUAGCUACACCCACUUCCUUAACUCUUGGCAAUUGCUUAUCUGUUCUUCAUCUCUAAUUUUGAUGAAAUUAUAAUAAAUGGAUUAUACAUUUGUAGGGCAUGAUUUUUUCCACUCAGCAUUACUGGGAAAUGGAUUCAGGUUGUUGCAUAGUCUACAUUAUGAUGUGGUUAUACUACAGUUACAUUACAUGUUAACUAUCUGUUGAAGGACAUCUAGUUGUUUCCAGUUUUUUAGAAAUUAUGACCAAGGCCCCUAUAAAUAUUCCUGUGUAGGUUUGGGAGAGCUUAUCAUUGCUGGGAGCAGGUGGGAGCUCUGCAUCUCAGUGGGGUCACCACUGACAUUGUGGUAGAGAGGGGACUUGUUAUCAGCCAGUGGGGAUGAAAGAGCAAGCUCUGUACUUGGUCUUUUUUUGACAUCACUCAGCUGGAAGGUUGGAUACCUUACUGCCUCCUGAGGGUGAAAGGUGAGGCUCCAAUUAGCCCUUUGCUGGGUUGGGGUGGGGCCACAGUUUUGUUUUUUUUCUAUGGU